AUGCCGAAUUCUAAUACCAAUUCUUCCCCUGUCAAGCGGCCGAGCCUGGGGCGCCGUGCAGUUUCCUCUCACGCCGUUGUCACGCGCUCGGCCUCAACUACCGGAGAUUCGUCCGACCCAAAAUCCCACAUCGUACACCGGCAUCAUCAUCCUCGCCCGCACCUAGUCGGCCACCGUCACAACCACCACAGUCGCAACCCCUCCUACGGAAAGAACGUCAACAAAUUACAGCGACUCACUUCCGGGGCUGAACCCGCUCGUCAUCAUCAGCGCAAAAAGUCUGCGCCCGCGACACCCGCUACGAGCCCCCCGCGCGGUGGUCCCCACGUGCGCUGGGAGGAGGGUGGGUUCGAAGAUCCGAAUCCGGCAGCGUCGAUGAAGAAAAAUAAUUCGAGUCCCGCGUUGCGACGAUAUACGUCUACAGGUACAUUUCCCAACAAGAAAUCAAUCGUUAGCACCGACCGUCCCCGCUCGAGUUCUGGGAAGAAGAAAACGGUGGGUUUCGAGAUCGGAGAUUCGGAAAACGACGACGGUGAAUGGGAGGAUACUACGCAGUCGCCCGAAAGCACUAGGCGCAGUUCCGUUGCACAGUCCAAGGAAAGCGUGGAGAACGCUGCAGCGCUAGUGGAUCCUUUGAUAUUUGUCAAGCGCCCUUAUCCUCAAAUACCGCGAGCGACCAGUCUCCCGGAACCGACCAGUCAAAGUUUCGCUCGGGAAGGUCAGUCAACGGACGAGGAAGAAGGGCAAGAAUCACAGCACGAGGAGAAAGAGAGGCAGGGACUUCAGGAACAGCAAGGGUUGCAACGAGAGAACAAACAGCAAGAAGCCGGCCAAGUACCUGAACCCAGUGCGAUCGCAUCUCGUCUUAUCAGUCCGGCACUUUCGGCCAAAGCUCCCCCCGCCAUGUCUUCCAUAUCUGCCAUGGCCAAACCGGCGGCUAUCGAUACUGCCAUUUCACGUACUGCUUCGCUGAACAACCUGAAAGCUGGUCAAGACGCCUCCCGGCGCACGUUGCCUUCACCAAAUCCCGCCUUAGCAAGUACCCCCGGAAACCACACACAGGCAACUUCAUCGUCGAUCGAAGGAGGCGUUUCCAGGUUCAUCGUGAACAAUGGGGCUUCCAGGGCAGAUUCCGAUCCCAAUACCCCGUCCUCGUUUCUACCACAAUACCACCUGCAAACCCCGCCAUCGCCUGGCACUACGAUUAAGCCUCGUUCAUCACCACCCUCGAGACCCCCUGGCGCAGAGCCACCAUCUCGAACACAGCAAAAGCUCUGGCUACAGCGAACGGCUGCGCUGAACACAUCCCCUCCUGAUGGUCAUGAUACGGUGCCCCCAUCGGUGAUGGAUGGGACUUUCAUGGCUUCAGCGCACGGUCGACCAGGCACUGGAGCGUACGAUGCGGGAAGAGCACUUGUCAACGGCUCAGCCAGAUCAGGCGGUCCGGGACACGACAACGAAGCCAAGCAAACCCGCAAGGCAUUCGAGAAGACCGCUCUAGAACUCACAGUCGUCCGACGAUUCCAAUCACCAACCGCAGAUAGUUUCAGUCGGCUAAGGUCCGUCAUCCAGGAGACCAGAGGUCCCGAACGAAGCAACACAUCACUCGGCCAGCCAGUCAAAUCAGCUCCUGCAUUAACACUCCUCAGCGACGGGCAGCAGUCGUGUCGGGGAUCCGGACAAGCUUCGAGUCCGGAAACGAGACAGCCUGUGGGUAGGAGGAUGAGGCCAUCUGUCUCGGAGACGGAUGAUUCGUCUGCCAACGACUCUGGUGAUCGGCCGAAAUCUCAACACCCAUCUCAACGGAUUCUUUCUACUUCAGACGAUACGGCAACCGGAAAUCCUUCGACUGACGACGACGCAGAACCCAACCAAUACAACGACAUUGAGAUGAUGAUCCGUCGCAUGUGGGAUAGUCGCAUUGUGGCUUCUUCUGCCUAG